AGUUCAGGUUAUAAGAUAUGUAACAAUGUCUAAUUAUGCUUGAAAUUAAUGGCUUCACUACACUAUGACUCGCAUUAAUAAACAUGAAACCUAAAUGGCUCAUCAUACAUGUAUGAGGAACAUUGCCAGAGUUUAAAACACUGAGUGAAUGAUUCACUCAGGAGUGAACACUGUGCAGUCACUCAGGAGUGAUCACUGUGGUGUCACUCAGGAAUGAUCAAUGUUCUGUCACUCAGAAGUGAACACUGUGCCAUCUGACACUGGUGGGAAGAGGAGACGACCACUGAGGAAAAAGGGUGACACACCAUCAGUGCCACCUGGAGGAAUACCAUCACUUGCUGUUGUCAAGAGGCCCACUGUCAUCGUUGUCAGGAGACUGCUGGCAUGAUGGUCGGCCCUGCUGCACUGCCAACAUCCUUGAUAAUAACCUGCUGCCUCUCUGCCACCUGGGUCGUGGGAGGCAUCAUCGUAUCCAGCACGACUCAGUCAGAUAACAGGGCCCUCCAAGAGGGAACCAACGUGGCCACUGGCCACCACGACCUAACCAGAGACAACCACGACCUGGCCACCGGCCGCCACCACCGAAGACACCAGAUGAAGCAGCAGCAGCAACAGCAGCAGCAGCAGCAGUUUCCCCUGGCUCUCCCUGUACAAUCAUCACAGACGAGCCUCAGCAGUGGUGUCAUGCUGAACAACACCAUCAACGGUGCAACUCCUCACUUCCUCACUCCCCUGGUUAACGAACUCACCACCAGGGCUGGACAGGCAGCGGUCCUCACCUGCAUCGUUAAGCAGCUGGGUAACAGACAGGAUCUUCUGGAAGACAGGAUGGACAGAAGUUUACUGGACCAGGGCAGACAGUCAACUGAGAAUUUGAGUGCAAAGUGGGCAGAGAAGCAACUAAGCCAGCUAUCAAGACAAGAACACAGGGGACUAUUGAUAGAUGUGCAUAAUAAAGAGUCCUUAACGACAACCAUGACAAAGUCAGCACAACACUCGCUCUUAGACUUCUCAGAGGCUCGGGCCAACAUCCUGGGAAAGGAGACCAUGUACGUGCAGAAGGGGAGUACCGUCAGCCUCGAGUGUGUCAUCAAGGAGGAGCUGGUCAUCCCUGGACUGGUGUUGUGGUACCAGGAUGACAGGCUGGUGGACCGCGACUCAGGCAGGGUCGAAGUUGUGACCAAUAUCGGAAACGUCACAACCAGUACCCUGAAGGUAGCCGGGGCAGCACUCCAUGACUCGGGAAACUAUUCCUGCUGGCCUUCUGCAGGGCGCCCAGACAGCGUCAUCGUCCAUGUCAUACAAGGCGAUCCACCAGCGGCCAUGCAUCACGGUAACUCUGCUAGCUGGGUGCGCACUUCCAUGCUGGAACCAGCAGCCUCCCUCAUCCUGUUGCUGCUGCUGACGUGACGCUGACUCGUCAGCAUCUCAUGGAGGCGGUUACGCAUAGCCUUCACUCUCGUCACUGCUGCUGCUGGUACUACUGACGUGAUGCUGAAUUGUCAGCACCGUGUAGAGGCGGCCAGGCCACAGCCUUCACUUCCACCGCUGCCUAUGACCAUCCUUGUCUCACUCACCUUCAGUUGUUGUACGUGUUGAUGAAUCAGCGGUGUCUGCCCUAUGUGUAUUAUUUACCUCUAUAUAUAUAUACCGAUAUACUUUUCUUUCUAAACAGUAAGAAGUAAGAUUUGCUACCAUGAGUGAUAAAUUUUCGUUAAAUCAGAUUAUAGACAAAAUGUUUUGUUAUUGUUAUAAAUAUCUGCACAUAGUUCGCGCUUUAGAAAGCUGAUUAAAAAUUUUUACUUAACACCCAAAUUUCCUCGAACAUUUGUGGCAGGUGUUUAAGAGCGGGAACAGAGGUUUCCUGGCAGACACACCAGCGCUUAAAAACUUUCUGGUCAAACAGUUCUUUAAUAUGUGCAACAUUUCUAAAGAUGCAUUAAUUAAGCAGAAAAUAUUUCAGUGAUGUGUGUUUAUUGGGCGGUGUUGUUGUUGCUGUUCUUCUUGCAAAAUCUUCAUCAUUUAACGUAUGACUUCUUAAAUGAUAGUUACAAACGCUAGCAAAGCCUCCGAAAGCAGUUCAUACAUUCACAAGUAGUACUGCUCAUACGGUGAAUGUUAGUCACUGAUGUUAACUGCCAGAGAUGACUGACCCAUCAGCUGGACACUGUUGACGGUGUGGGUAGCAGUGAUGCCAGACACAAGUCUGUCACGGGAAAACUCAAUCUUUCGUUUAGAUCAAAACAAUAUCAAAUAUUUAUUCUUUACUUCAAUCAGUAUUAACAUCUACCAAUUAAUUUUAAUGCACUUUUAUAAUAAUUGUUGAGUAUAAGCCACGUAAUCGUGAUGAGAACACUUAUAAACAAACCCAUAAACUGGCAAUAAGAGAAUUAGUAUUUCUCUUAUUCGCUUCUAGAUGAUGAUUAAAAUUGACCAAAAUAUUGUUCAGUUUUCAUUUACAUUAGAGUGGGUUAGUUGUGAAAAAAAAAUCAAUUUAUUUUGACGAAUAAUCUGCUACUGACUUGCUCAGCUUCACGGUACACAUUUAUUUAUAUACCUUGACCAAGACUGGUGGUGAGAGGCGGCUAGCAGGUAUCUUCAGCAUCCCGACAGUAAAGCAAAAUAAAUUUUAAUUUGACACUCGAAAACUCAUUAUAAAAUCCCUUGUCACCUGAAAAGUGUGUGUGUUUGUGUCUGCUAAUCCGAUUCAUUGCGUCUUUGUAUAUUUUUCUGACUAACAAAUAGGUGUAAUGUCACUGGUUGUUGGAUAUUAGGUACAGAUUUUUAAAGGGGGGGGGACCAUUUAAGCUCAACGGUAAUGCUGUGAAAAUUAAAUAUAUGGUGAUGAAGAAUGUAGUUAGAUGUCAUGAAUAUUUCAUUAAAAAUACCUGCAAAAUGUACAUUCUGUGCAAUGAGAUGUGAAUUUUGUAUUAUAUUUUCAUGAUAUGUUUGCAAAAUAGCUGUUUGCAGUUGACAUAUAAGAGGAGAUAACAUGUGGAUCUCCAUUACAUUAUGAUUUUUGUAUUACCUAAGAGGCAUGCAUUUUAGUAACCUCAAACAUAUGAGACGUAACUGGCUUGGAUACAUAAGCCAUGGCAGCUUGUCUGAAUGUAAAAGACAUUAUGGCUGACCCGGACACAAAUGACAUUAGGUCUGUCCUCGAUAAAAAAAUCAUUAUAGCUGCCCUAUUAGAUCAGACCUAUUCACAAGCGAUUAUGCCUUGUCUGGACAGAAAAGACAUGACUUACCUGGACACAAGACUAUGAACACACAGGACUCAGUGAGACAAAGAAAGACAAGCACAAUCAACAUAUAUUUUAGGAGACAUUUCGUCACUAGUGGAUCAUAACACAGAGAAUCAACUGUCACAGACGAGUUGAUCUAGACUUCAUACGAAGUGAGAAGGGCUCGAUAGAGAGUAGAACCUGCGUAGCAUGAGAGAGAGUAAACGUUCUGCACUGCUCCUUCCUUUUGGCGAGAAUUCUGGAGAUGAUAAAGCUCUGAAUUUUGAAUACGGUAGAAAAUGAAAUCGUUUAGAUUUUCAGGCGCCUACGUCUACGAGCAUCACUCAUUUUGACGAGUAGUUCUGCUCACUCCUUCAUGAUGUGACCCUGCGUGCAAUGAUGGACACAUGCGUCGCUCACAUCACGGCUGCAGGCAUGUCUAACACGUUGGUCAUCGAUCCUGGCUGUAUCAUCAGUCCAGACCUCGCGUCCCAGCAAGGGAUCUUAAUAAAGACUGGCACUGGCUUCUACUGUGCUGGCUGAUUUUUGUUUAACCAGGUCCUUGAUGGUCGCUAAGGAACUGGUUGCUACUUCCAUAUGGCUGCCUGUAUUCGCUUGAGAAAUAUUGCUGGCCACACUACUGAAGCAACAGACUAAGUGGAAGUUCUCUAAUGCUUGAUGUCACUGCUAUGCUUAAUGAUAAAGACAGUAUGACUUCUACAGAGAUGUAGUUUGGCAGGAACUGUAGGUUUUCGAAAACGCCUCCGAUAUACUCGCUUUCCAUCCAAAUGGAUUGGAGUGAAUAAAGGCAUCCUUACUCUAAUGUAGUCUGUUUCUGUUGCCACCUUUUAGUAGAACAUUAGGAAAUGUAGUUGUCAGUAUCUCUGUCUGUCUGUCUGUCUGUCUGUCUGUCUGUCUGUCUUUCUCUCUCUCUCUCUCUCUCUCUCUCUCUCUCUCUCUCUCUCUCUCUCUCUCUCUCUCUCUCUCUCUCUCUCUCUCUCUAACGUGAAUUUAAUGGUCGGAUCGAUAUUGUUGAUGGUGCUGAAGACGUCCAGUAUAUUGUGUUGGUGAGGGUGACCAGUAUGUCGUCAACAUUGUAUUUGGUGUAGCAGGAAUAAUGUAGAUGAACUCGAGACACUAAAUAUUGAAUGAUAUAAACCUUGGUAAAUGAGGCCAACAAAUUGGUUCAAAAAGACACGCUAGCAAACACUUGGACUUAUUUAUUAGAAAACGUUUCUGUCCUAGGACCAAAACGUUUUCUAAUAAACAUGUUCUAGAGUUUUCUCACGCGUCUUUUUAAAUCACUCCGUAUAGAGGUUCGUCAACACAGACUAAUAGUGUAGCCCAUGGCCAUCUCAAAAGAUCAUUUUUACCAUAUCUGAAGCAGUUGUAAUUCGGGCAAAGCUCCACAAAGUUCACAAAAUCUUGGCCGAGUACUAAAAAAGUCCAAUGUGUUCCUGACUGAGCUGCAGAGAAUGGCUAGUAUGGUCAGCAUGUUUGUGAAGAAUGUAACAUCAAAAUUGGCAAGGUUUAUAUUCUUGACGUCCUUACCUUUGACAAUUGUUUGAAGUGUGUCUGGGUUCCUGUUAGAUUUUGUUGGGUACUGCCAGUGUCUAAUGUGAUGUUUGUAAUAGGGAUGUUGGACUUGUGGGGUUGAGGCAGCCCAUAAAGCCUGGCUAGCCGAGGAUUGCUGGAUGAGUGAUGUUAAUCAAUCUUGCCCUAUUCAGAUUUUAGGUAUAUUCUACAUGCCGUGGUAAUAACGUGCUCACUUCUAUACACUAAUGUUCCUCAAUGGAUUUAUAAAGUAAUACUUCCAAAGAGACAAUAGAUCUCUAUGCAUUCUUCUGUGUUGUGGAUUACUACUCCGACCUUAGGUCAGCUGUGGUUACGACAGUAUUAUUGUUUCUGGCAAGGUUCCUGAGAGCAGGGAAGAAAUGACUAAAAUUAAGUGAUAAUUGGAUUCAGUGUGGCUGAAUUUAAUCUUUCUAGAACUAGAAAAUCCCCUAAACAGUGAUUUCUGACGAUAGUAUUACGAUUGUUUGAAUUUAUAUACCCUUCCUUGCUAGCCGCAAGAAGUUCUACAUAGGAAAAACAAUGCGGACCACAGACCACAAUGUAUCUACACGUAUUCCUGCAACCUUGGCAUGAUUGUGUGUCUAACCUCGUAGCACACAGGAGCUGAGCCGAGUGAUUUGCUUACACAAUACACAUCAGUACCUGAAAGUGUCAAUGAUUUCAAUUUUAAACAGUAUCACACAAAACUCAGAGAGCUCUAGCACCUGCAGAAUUCUAUACAAAAUGAUCCUGCAUGAUGAAAACACUACAAACAGGUGUAGAUGCGUAAGACUGGAGUAUUGCAAUAAGCCUACUAACCAAGGUUAGGUAGAUCUUACAACAUAGAACCCUUCUCACUAACCAUACGGCCCCGUCAACUUGACUCCGACAAGAGAUAUCAGUGUUUUUGGGCUGUACCAGACCUCUCUGCUAUACAUUCUGUUUUAGCCGUCUCUAUAUUAGGAAUGAGAUAUCCACUAGUAGCAAAACCGUCUCAUUAAAAAAAUAUACUGAUGUGCAUGUGUCUAAUUCCCAUAAUACAUGGGCCAGUAUUUGCACAAACGAGUCAGCACUAAUAACAGGCGUAAAUAUAUCCCACAACUAAAUUAUUCUUCAGUACAAGGCUACUUUUACAGAAUUUAUUUUAUGUAAAUAUUUACUUGUGUGAGCUUACAUGCCUUUUUGUGUGUAAUACAGGUACACACAAACACGUGUAUGUAUUACUAUAUGCUCCAGGAAGAAACUGAGUUUUCCCUGAUGUACGUUUAUGCUCUUCUCUGAGGCUGUGGGUCCUUAGUUCUAAACACACAGAUACAACCUCAAGAGCUUUUAGUAACUCCACACUACCUCCUAAUCUCCAGUCUCCGGAUUCUCUCCAUAAUAUUCUUACCCCACAUUGUUUACCAACACGUCAUCUCCACUGCCUCCAGCCUUCUUGCUUCAAACAUUCAAAACCCAUUCUUCACACCCAUACUACAGUGUUGGUAUUACUAUACUCUGGUACUUUUUUUAUUUUGCCUCCAGGGAAAAAGUUCUCUCUCUUCACAGUGCUUCAGAGAAUCACUUUUAUUCUGUCUUCCCAUUAUUUCCAAGGUUCACCUCUCUUAAAACCAUCUGCCGUCUUGUCUUCUCCUAAAUAUAUAUUUGGGAGAAGACAAAACUGAUGUAUAUCCGAACUCAUUUACUUCCUCCAUUCUCCCUCCUUCCAAUCUAAUAUCCAAUCUCUCAUUGUCCUUUUUCUAUACUCUUAUCACCUUGCUUCUUCCUAUGUUUACUUUUAAUUUACUUCUUUCAUAUAUCAUUCCAAAUUCAUUUGCGAUCCCUUGCAAUUUUCCUUCUGAAUCCCCUCAUACAACCAUGUCAUCGGCAAAAAAUAACCGACAAUUCCCAGUCCAUAUAACAUUCAUUGUCUCUCAGUCCAACAUCUUUUCAUAAAAUCUUAGCUUUCACUUGAUAGUGAUAGUGACAUUGCACAUCACUGUUUAAGGCCCACUUAUAGGGAAAUCUCUCUUUCUCU